GACAGUUAGUGGUGGUGCUGCCUCUGUGGGAAGCAGUUGAGACGCUUGUUGGAGCCCCUGACACUCACUCUACACACUCACUCUACACACUCACUCUACACACUCACUCUCCUCUGCCUUUAAAGCUGAGAGUGUCAGCUGGUGGAUCAAGCAGCAUCGCUGGGGCUGGAAUCAUGUUCCCUGAAGCCAGAGAGCUGUGCCUCGUCCUGGGAUUUUAUCUGCUUUCCUUCUCGUGGCACACACAAGCCCGAGCCCGUCCGGAUUUGUUCUGCAUAUUCCAUGGCAAGCGGUACAUCCCAGGAGAGAGCUGGAACCCCUACCUGGAGCCACAGGGAGUCGUCUAUUGUAUCCGCUGCAUCUGCACCGAGGGGGGCAGUGUAAAUUGUUACAGAAUAAAGUGUCCAGUCCUGCACUGUGUCCAUACUGUCACUGACCCACAUCAGUGCUGCCCACGAUGUGUAGAGCCGCACUCUCCUUCUGGGCUCCGGGCACCAGUGAAGUUGUGCCAACACAAUGGGACGAUCUAUCAGCAGGGCGAGAUGUUCACCAAUCACGAGCUGUUCCCGGCCCGGCAAUCUAACCAGUGCGUGCAGUGCAGCUGCUCGGAUGGACAGAUUUACUGUGGCCUAGUGACCUGCCAGGAGCUGGUGUGUUCCUCUACUCUGACUGUCUCUGACUCCUGCUGCCCCAUUUGCAGAGAUAGUUCCUAUGAAAGGUCCAUGGAAGAGGAGCCGCUGCAGUUACACAGAGGUGUGAGACACUCCCAUGAGGAAUGUGGAAGUGAGCCAAUCAGCAAGAAGUCUUUGGGGGCCACUGUAUCGACCAUCAUCAGCCCAGUCCUGGGGUUCAACCCACGGAGCUUCAAGCAGAAAGGAGGAGGGGGUGGCACAACAGUGAAGAUUCUAAUGAAAGAAAAACACAAAAAAGCUUGUGUUUAUAAUGGAAAAACAUAUUCCCACGGGGAAGUUUGGCAUCCAGUUUUCCGAACUUUUGGUGCAAUUCCCUGUAUUCUGUGCUCAUGUAAAGAUGGAAACCAGGAUUGUCAGAGAGUGAUCUGUCCAGAGGAAUAUCCCUGUGAAUAUCCUGAGAAGGUGGAAGGAAAAUGCUGUAAAAUCUGCCAAGAUGACAAGGUGAGUCCCACAGAGGAGGUCAGUACCAGUAAGUGUGUGCGGAACCCCAACAAGAUAUUAGUCUACAUGUACAUGUCGUCCAGCAGUGGGGGUCAGAGGGAGAGUGUAAGGAAGAUUGCCAUUGACAAAGAAGCAUCAGAAGACGUUGAGAUCUAUGUCUGGAAAAUGGUUAAAGGAAUCUUUCAACUGAUCCAGAUUAAAAAGAUGACAAAACAAGAUUUCAAGCAAGAGGCAGAACAUUUCAGACUGGUCACCAGAACAAGUGAAGGUCAGUGGAACAUCUUCCGCCCCCAACCACCUGACCUAAACAUGACGGAGGGACCCGAAAGACAAGCAGAGAAUUUGUAACAUAAACAAUAUCUGUGCCCUAAAGCCAAUUUUAUGGAGCAGAUGUUACGAGCUGAGAACUGCAAAGUCCAAAGCAAAACCUUAUUCAACAUGCACAAUGUAGGGAACCUGGAGUUGGAAUAGUCCAAGAGCUGAAGGAUACACUUCGCAAGCUCUUGGCAAGAUUGGAUUGCAGAUAAAGCAAAACUCCUGUCUGAAAUAAAGACUAAUGGUAAAGGCAACUCCCUGCACCCCUCAAAUUCACUUCAAGAAAAGGCUCAGUACUCUGCUUUUUUUUCUCCUCUCUGAUAUAAACAAAGUGCCGGACCUGAUGAAUAAUAUGUUUGCAUCAUGGGAUAAAGAUUGGCCAAAGGACGGGUAAGGUGGCCAGACCUAUCCUGGAUCCAGAGCUGGUUUAAUGAACAGGACUGAUGGGUGAGGAACAAUAAUUCCUUGGUAAAACGAAUGAAAUACUGGUUAUUUAUAUAAUUUAUAUAAUAAUUCAUAUAUUCAAUAUAUCAUUUAUAUAAUUCAGUGGUGCAUAUCUGCCAGCACGCCCAUAUUGUGGCCAGACAGCUGUCCAACGUUCAGUUGAUCCAACAGAAGUGGUGGCCUUAAUAGUUGGCCAAUAUGCAGCCAUGUCCAAUGUUUUAUAUGCAAUUAGCCAAAAUUCCAUGUGCGUGGCCAGAUAACAUUACAGUUGUCUGCUACAAUGCAGAUAACAGUUUCGUACUUGCGUUAGAGAUCUCUGGCCCUCCUCUACCUUCAAGCCAUAGUCAAGCUGCAACUCCAGUGAUAUCGGAAAAAUUUACUGCAGUAUCCCUCAAAGUUUAAAAACAAAGUUUAACAACAUUUGAAGAUUUGAUCUUCAUCCCUCCAAUCAGAUGAUCCAGUUUUCCUGCCUUAUCCUGGGUCCCUGUUCCCGAGUGUUGGCCCUACAUGGUUCUGCUUGGUAGACGUGACUUUUGCUAGGUUCUAUACACGUCUGCUGUCUACCACUCGUUACUUAAAGGGAUCCUGUCAUCGGAAAACAUGUUUUUUUCAAAAUGAAUCAGUUAA